AUGGCCGAAUCGUCGGACCGGAAGGGGAAAGGCAAGGCGACGCGUCUGCCGAGCACCGAGUCCAGCUCCGAGAGGCCCCCGUCGGACCGGAAGGGGAAAGGCAAGGCGACGGGUCUCACCGAGUCCAGCUCCGAGGGAUACCCGUCGAACCGGAAAGGGGAAGACAAGGCGAGGCGAUCGUCGCAGGACAGCAUCCAGUCCAGCCCCGAGAGGUCCCCGUCGGACCGGAGGGGGAGAGGCAAGGCCAGGCGAUCAUCGGGCCGGAGGGAGAGAAGCAAGGUGAGGCGAUGGUUGCGGGACAGCACUCACUCCAGCUCUGAGAGGUCCCCGUCGGACCGAAAGGGGAAAGGCAAGGAGAGGCGAUCCAGCACACCGUUCAGCCCCCAGAGGUCCGGGUAG